CGCGGCAGCUAUUUUAGGCCACAAUCUGCCAUUCACUUUUUCUCUCUCUCAGAAAAAUCUUUCCAUCAUUUUUCCUCUUUUUCUCCAUUCAUCUGAUUGGUUCCCCUUUUAUACUAUUCAUUUUUUCUCCUCCACAAAACCCUGCUUUCGUUAUUGCGCGCUCUGUCUCUCUCUCAUGCAUCUUUUUCUGUGCUUUUUUUUUUAAUAAAAAGAAUCGUGGGUUUUUAUUUGAUUGUUCUUAGUUUUUCUAAGAAUUGUAUUUUUGUCAUUCUUUUCUUCUUUUCUUUCUUGGUUAUCUUCAAGCUAUAAUUUUUCCAUUUUUCAAAAUUUUCUUUUGGGCAAAUAAAUUUUGGAUUUUGAGUCCAUAAGUCUGACUUUGGAUUGAUAAAAAUAAACACUUCAUUCUUCUUUCUUUAGCUGCUUCUUCAUUUACAUGGUUGUAUGCUUGCUUUGUUUUACAGUCUCAGGUACAAAAUUUAGGAUCACAAAAUCUUGUAUUACCAACUUUUACUUCUUCAGUUAGAGUUUUUAGACUUAUUAUAGAAGAAGAGACAAAAAUGGAAUCAAGCAAUGUUAGGGAAGUUGAAGGGGGUCUAAAAGCAGAGGAAUCCAAUAGCCAUGAAGUAGAAGCAACCUCUAACACCCAAGAAAAGUGCUUGAGUUCACAAGCGAAAGAUGCGGGUAGUAUUAGCAACAGAGAAAUGUAUUUUAGAGCAGAUAAAAUUGAUUUCAAGAGCUGGGAUAUUCAGCUAGAGAAGCACUUGAACCGUGCUUGGUCAAGGGAUGGGGAAGUUCAGACAAAAAGACAAGAAUGGGAGAUUGAUUUGAGCAAAUUGGAUAUGAGGCAUGUUAUAGCUCAAGGGACUUACGGUAUCGUGUAUAGAGGCAAUUAUGACGGCCAAGAUGUUGCUGUGAAGAUAUUGAGUUGGGGGGAGGAUGGCAUUGCCACUGCUGCUGAAAUUGCAGCUCUUCGGGCAUCUUUUCGGCAAGAGGUUGCUGUUUGGCAUAAGCUCGACCAUGCCAAUGUUACAAAGUUUGUUGGAGCUUCAAUGGGGACUUCCAAUCUCAAGAUGCUUCCCAAAAGCCCUGCAAAUGGAAGUUAUGAUUCUCAUCCUUCCAGGGCAUGCUGUGUUGUCCUUGAGUAUCUUCCAGGUGGGACGUUAAAGAAAUUUUUAAUCAGAAAUAGAAGGAAGAAACUUGCCUUCAAGGUUGUGAUUCAGCUUGCUUUGGACCUUUCAAGAGGUUUGAGCUACCUUCACUCUAAAAAGAUUGUACAUCGUGAUGUCAAGACAGAAAAUAUGUUGUUGGAUGCUCAUAGAACAUUGAAAAUAGCUGAUUUUGGUGUUGCACGAGUUGAAGCACAGAAUCCACGGGAUAUGACAGGGGAAACUGGUACUCUUGGAUAUAUGGCCCCAGAGGUCCUUGAUGGUAAGCCUUACAAUAGGAAAUGCGAUGUGUACAGCUUUGGCAUAUGCUUAUGGGAAAUUUAUUGCUGUGAUAUGCCUUAUCCUGAUCUUAGUUUCGCUGAAGUUUCAUCUCAGGUUGUUCGACAGAAUUUACGCCCUGAAAUCCCCAGAUGUUGCCCGCAUCCAUUGGCAGGCAUCAUGAGAAAAUGUUGGGAUGCAAAUCCACACAAACGUCCUGAGAUGGAUGAGGUAGUGAAGCUGCUUGAAGCAAUUGAUACUAGCAAAGGAGGUGGCAUGAUACCUGAAGGCCAAUCUACCGGCUGUUUCUGUUUCAGUUCAGCCCGAGGUCCAUAGCUCCUCAACUUCCAUGACCGGUAUAUAAUUCUUAUUUGCAGAGUACUUGUGCAAAUUCAUUGCUAGAAUGCAGCCGGCCUUCAAAUAACUAAGACAUAGAUUUCUGCAGUCUCCUGAAGGCAGAGGAAUUUCUGGUCUUUGUAAGUUCUUGCAAGUUUAAAGUUCAUGAAAGGUUUGGCUGCUGUAAUUAUUAUUGCUACAGAAAAUUGGAAAAUUGGAGCUUCAUAUUUGUAUUGUAUAACAUUUCUUGAGAUGGUUUCAGUUUAGAUAGAUCAAUAUAGUAGUUUAUAUGUUUAAAGGAAA